AUGUCGCGACCAAUAUCGAGCGCGAUGGCCUCCUCCUCCGCUUCCUCCUCCUCCGUAUCAGCAUCGAUGUCUCGACAACAACAACAACUUCGACGACGCGACGAAAAAGAAACGUUACUGAGGAAACCACCACCAAUUUUAAUGACCGAAGCUGAAAGGAAAGAGCGAAACGAGAAGCGAUUUCUCCUCCUUCUCUCCGCGCUCGUUCUCGCGUGUUUUUGCAUAUACGUGACGCCUGAGAACUACCGAGAUUCCGUGAGGACGUUUGGAAGGGAGAAAAUAGACUCGAGUAUGUCUCACAUUCACUCCAUGAGGGCGAAAACGUCCUCGUUCUUUCAAAACGUGUUCUCUCUGAAUUUCAUUCACGCCGCUGCCUUUAGUGGUGGGAGAAGCGCGAUGACGAAGAAAACAGACAAAACGGAUCACAUAGAGAUUUUUGUCAUCGUGCAACCGGAAAACACGAGAGAUAAAGAAGGCUUUGAACGUAUUCGAAACAAAUUUCCAGCCGCACAAACGACGUUAGGGAUUACCGCGGCGGAGUGGCCGAAGAAUAUCAAAGAGGCAGAGUGGGCCGUGGCGCCGAUUCGAGAAUUGAAUAAAGAGUUUUUCGAUACGAAGAAGUAUCACUACAGUUCAAAGUUUAUGAAAGAAUUAGAAAGGACGCCAGAUAGUUUAGCAAACAUGCCAUGGAUUGGAUUAAUCGAUGAGCGGAACCCGAAAACUGGGAAAUUAACGAAAGAUAGAAUGGGCAUCGCGCACCACGUGGGGUGUUUGUUCGCUCAUUUACACGCGUGGAGAGACGUCCACGAACAGUUAGGCCACACGAGAGCGUGGGUUAUGGAAUCCGAUGGAAACGAAAUUCCAGACAGAACGCUCGAGAUGCGUCAGUUGUUACGCAACGUUCCGGAUGAUUUCGAUUUCAUCUCGUUGGGACCGCAUUACGACGAAGUGUGCGUGCGAACCGAACACACGGUGGGAUUCUUCCCAUCGAACAACUGCGAGAAAUCAAGGUUUGAGUUCGAGGUUGAGAAAGACCCGAACGAUAAGUACUCCAGAGCUGGAACGAAAACGUUCUAUUACUGGCCGAAAAUGGGCACCUCUGCGGGAUUUCAAAGCUAUUUAAUUGGGCCAAACUUUUACGAGAAAGUGACGAGGUACAUGGCGAGACACGGGGCGGAUAUGAUUGACGCGUACAUGUUUGGCCACAUAUGUCAAAACAAUUACGUUUCGGAAGAAGCGCGAGAUGGGGGAUUAGAACCACCGAAAGGUUUCGAUGACUUAUCGACGAAGCGAUUGACAUCUCGGGACGAGAGCGGCUUGAAAAUCCUCAAUUGUUACGUCAUCGGACCGGUUGAAGAGAAAAUAGUAGAAUCUAACGAAGGAGGAAUAGAAAAAGAUAAGGAUUCCGCCACAGAAUCCACCUCUGCCGGUACUUCUACCGAAGAAAACAUGGAAGGACCCCCCUUAGGUGAAGAUGAAUCAUCGUCACUGAAGCAAGUGCAAGGCGAUAGCAACGAAUCGUUUGACGACUUACUUUCUCGUUUUUCGGCCAAACACCCGGUUGCGGAAAAGAAGAGUAAAAAGCAUGGUUCUCGGAAAAAAAGCGCCAGUACCAAUGCCCAAUGA